AUGUCUCUAUGUUUGCUUCGUCUCCCGCGGACUUACAUCGCAGAAAUCUCGCCAUCAGAGAAUGCUUAUUCUAACGAACAACCCGUGCACACGAGAAUAUGUCGCUACUACGCCGCCGGACAUUGUCGACGUGGUUCAGCAUGCCAUUUUGUGCAUUCGCUACCGGAAAGUGCGCCACAAGGUAUGGUGUCCCUAGUGUUCGUUUCGUCUCCCACAGACUUACAUGCAAGGAAUUCCAAAGGAAUACCGCCAUUAGUGUAUGCUUACCCCAACAGACACGAGGUGCACACGAGAACACCACUCAAGGGGUGGGAUCAAGACAUCGGCCAUAGUCAUGGCUACACAGCGUAUGCCAUAUACACAGUAGCCCCACAUACGGAACCAUACCGCUUCGACACGAGAGGCGCCUUUGACAAUUUCAGCGAUGUCUCUUCGAACUCCAGCCCGUCUGAUCAGAGUUUGAAUGCCGCAUUCCAAGUCAUAACCAUCGAAGAACCUGUCCCUUCAGAAUAUCUCCCUUCUGCGUUCUCACAAUCGUCACCGAGCUUACAAUAUCCCAACAACGCGGGACCACGCUGUGGCAAUGUGGCAUACCCUGGUUACGAUCGAGGAUAUACUCUAACUGGUUUGAAACCUCGAACCGCCACCCGCAGAAAAGCAGAGCAGGCGAAGGAGAAGCAAACCCUAUAUAGGACUAAACCUUGCAAAUUCUUCUCAGCACACAAAAGCUGUCCUAAGGGCAAUAAAUGCAGGUUUUUUCAUGAUGUAGAGAAAAGUAAACGGGCAAAGAAAGCCGAUAAUCAGGCCCGUGAGACACCGUCAUCUCACUUGCCUCCAAAACUGCAUUCACCUCAGGAAGAGUUCAAGGCACAUGAUUAUUAUCCUAUUACCUGGCGAGUGAUUGGUGGUGGUGUAAUGAUGGGUGGGUAUAGGAUACCUUGCAAGGCAUUCGCAGCAGGCUACUGCCCCAACGGCAAUAAUUGCAAGCAGGCUCAUGAGACUGAGGCCUGGACUUCUGAAAAUGAUAUUGUGGAACUUAAGACACAAACAUCGGCGACGUCUGUGGCAGUGCCAUCCUCUGCAAAGCAAUCGAUAGAUUCAAGUGUUGAAUCAAAGUGCAGGGCAGUAUGCACCCACUACUCUGAUUCAUCUCAUAAUAUCCACGACACCGACGGAGGCACAUCUGGUAGUACGAAUGAUGCAGAGGAAUCUAUGGCUGCUUCAAAUUCAAACAGCGCCGUUCCCUCUCGACAUCGACGUACCAGAUCGAUGUCUAUGCCGACUUCGCCGUCAGUUCUCAGAGCUCCUCAUAUUUUCGCGGAGUUGUGA